UGCGCAGUCUGAUUGUCAGCGGGUUGGUUGGGCUUGUGUUUACAGCUCGACUGGAUGCUGUUGGUUUGGCUGCUGAUGUUCCUGGGAAAGUGCAAUGCCGUGCCAAACGCCACUGGAAUAAAAAUAACCGUGGGAAUAAAGGUGAUUUUGCUCAUCAUCUCCCACCUCUGCCUCUUCCCGUCUUCCAUUCAUGAGCAGCGUGGCUGAAUUUAACUGCAGCAGUCAUGGAUGACAAGGGCUCGGUGGGGAAGAUUAGCGUGUCUUCAGACUCAGUGUCCACUCUCAACAGUGAGGACUUUGUCCUUGUGUCCCGGCUGGGGGACGAGACACCCUCCUCUACUAAUAAUGGUAGUGAUGACGAAAAGACAGGACUGAAGGUGAUUUCUGAGGAAGGGGUCAGCUUUAAGAUUGUGGGCAAUGGAAGUGAGCAGCAGCUCCAAAGGGAGUUAGAAGAUGUCCUCAUGGACCCAUCGGUUGCAUACACUGGACUCGGAUCAGAAACGGGAAUGGACAGUCUUGGUGAAGGCGGCCAUGGCCCUUUUCCUAAUACAGCGUCGCCUGUACCACCAGGCUCCGACCCUCUGAGCACACCCCCACCCAAGCUGGAGAUGGCUCUUCCUGUUCAGACGGCCCAGGAGAGUGAGCUAAAUGAGAGGUCUUACAGAGCAGAUGAAUCAUCUUCAGAAGGCAGUCCUGUCAGUCCAAUUCCAGACGAAGACAGCGUUGUGUUUAGCCAGCUGACAUAUCUAGGGUGUGCCUCGGUCAAUGCCCCCCGGAGUGAGGUGGAAGCCCUUCGUAUGAUGAGUAUUCUCAGAGGACAAUGCCAACUGCCCCUGGAUGUCACACUGUCUGUGCCAGGAGUGUCUGAAGGCACUGUCAGGUUACUGGAUCCCCACAACAACACAGAGAUUGCCAAUUACCCUAUCUAUAAGAUUCUGUUCUGUGUUCGAGGCCAUGAUGGCACACCAGAGAGUGACUGCUUCGCCUUCACUGAGAGCCACUACAACGCUGAGAUCUUCAGGAUCCAUGUGUUCCGCUGCCAAAUCCAAGAGGCGGUGAGCAGGAUACUGUACAGCUUUGCCACAGCAUUCCGGCGGUCAGCUAAGAAAGCAGUUCUAUCGUCUCAGCAGCCUGCUCCUCUCACCCCUGACAGUGACCUCUUUACAUUCACUGUCAGCCUGGAGAUCAGGGAGGAUGACGGCAAGGGCACAUUUAGUGCUGUAGCAAAAGACAAGGACAAACAGAGCUUCAAGCUGCGUGCAGGACUGGACAAGAAAAUUGUCAUUUAUGUUCAACAGACUUCCAAUAAGGAGCUGGCAAUUGAGAGGUGUUUUGGACUCUUGCUCAGUCCAGGGAAAAAUGUAAAGAACAGCGACAUGCAUCUCUUAGACCUGGAGUCAAUGGGAAAGAGCUCAGACGGGAAGUCUUACAUCAUUACAGGAAGUUGGAACCCCAACACGCCUCAGUUCCAGCCUGUGAAUGAGGAAACGCCCAAAGAUAAAUUCAUGUACAUGACAACAGCAGUGGACCUGGUGAUCACAGAAGUGGAGGAGCCGGUUCGUUUCCUCCUAGAGACGAGGGUCAGAGUGUGUUCUCCAAAUGACAGGCUUUUCUGGCCCUUCAGCAAACGCAGCUACACUGAGACCUUCUACCUUAAACUACGACAGAUGGAGCGGAAGGAACGGAAGAGUCCUGCCUCUGACACACUUUAUGAAGUGGUGAGUUUGGAGAGUGAGACCGAGAGAGAAAAAAGGAAAACCACAGCUACUCCCAACAUCCUUCCCACCGGUCACGGCACCAUGGCCCCUUCGCCACCUGAGGAUGAUGAAGAGGAAGAUAAUGAUGAGCCCUUACUCAGUGGGUCUGGUGAUGUUUCGAAGGAGUGUGCUGAGAAGAUCCUGGAGACAUGGGGAGACUUGUUGUCCAAAUGGCACCUGAACUUGUCAGUGCGACCCAGACAGCUGCCAGCUUUGGUGCGAAGCGGCAUCCCUGAGGCACUGCGCGGGGAGGUGUGGCAGCUCCUGGCAGGCUGCCACAACAAUGACCACCAGGUAGAAGAAUACCGCACUUUGAUCACAAAGGAGUCUCCUCAAGACAGUGCCAUCACCAGGGACAUUAACAGGACGUUUCCAGCUCAUGACUACUUCAAAGACACUGGAGGAGACGGACAAGACUCGCUAUACAAGAUCUGCAAGGCUUACUCUGUUUACGACGAGGAGAUUGGCUACUGUCAGGGACAGUCCUUCUUGGCUGCUGUGCUGCUACUGCACAUGCCAGAGGAGCAAGCUUUCAGUGUUCUGGUGAAGAUAAUGUUUGAUUACGGGCUCAGGGACCUUUUCAAACAGAAUUUUGAAGAUCUGCAUUGCAAGUUCUUUCAACUUGAGAGACUCAUGCAGGAAUAUAUACCAGAUCUGUAUAACCAUUUCCUGAACGUGGGCCUGGAGGCUCAUAUGUAUGCCUCUCAGUGGUUUCUCACCCUCUUCACAGCCAAGUUCCCUCUCUACAUGGUCUUCCAUAUAAUUGAUCUGCUACUGUGUGAGGGCAUUAGUGUGAUCUUCAAUGUAGCCCUGGCUCUUCUGAAGACAUCAAAAGACGAUCUAAUCCAAACAGACUUUGAAGGUGCACUUAAGUUUUUUCGUGUCCCAGUUCCAAAGAGGUAUCGCUCUGAGGAAAACGCAAAGAAGCUGAUGGAGCUGGCCUGCAGCAUGAAGAUCAGCCAGAAAAAGUUAAAGAAAUUUGAGAAGGAGUACCACACCAUGCGGGAGCAGCAGGAGCAACAGGAAGCUCCCAUUGAGAGAUACGAGCGGGAGAAUCGUCGCUUGCAAGAGGCCAACAUGCGUUUGGAGCAGGAGAAUGACGACUUGGCACAUGAGCUAGUUAGCAGCAAGAUAGCUCUGCGGAAGGACCUCGACAACGCCGAGGAGAAGGCAGACGCCCUGAAUAAAGAGCUGCUGUUGACCAAACAGAAACUGGUGGACUCAGAGGACGAGAAGAGACGGCUAGAGGAGGAGUCGGCACAGCUGAAGGAAAUGUGCCGACGGGAGCUUGAUAAGUCGGAAUCAGAGAUAAAGAAGAAUGGUUCCAUUAUCGGAGAAUAUAAACAGAUUUGUUCCCAGCUGAGUGAACGACUGGAGAAACAACAGACGGCCACCCGAGGAGAGCUGGAGAAAAUCAGAUCCAAGGUAGAAGGCUGUGAGAAGUGCAGCAGUCUUUUCAACAAAGAGGGUCGUGUGCGGGCGGCGGUAGCGACGGCGCCCGCCGGGGGAACAGAGGAGAUGGAUGAGGAGAAGGAGAGUUUGAAGAACCAGCUGAGGGAGAUGGAGCUGGAACUCGCCCAGACCAAACUGCAGCUGGUGGAGGCUGAGUGCAAAAUCCAGGACCUGGAGCAUCAUCUGGGUCUUGCUCUGAAUGAGGUGCAGGCUGCCAAGAAGACCUGGUUCAAUCGAACACUCAGCUCCAUCAAAACUGUUACUGGGACCCAGGGCAAGGAGACCACCUAACCUAAUAACCACACAUCCACCCACUUUUAACUAGACUGUGUCUGGAGCUCAGUGCAUCUCACCACACUGAAACCUUUGGACCCACCGGGCCAUAACUUUAACACAAACAUUAACCGUUAAGUCGGAGGAUGUCUUCUGCAGCAGCCGUAUUUCUCGUUUCUCUUAUCAGAAAUAAUCCUUCCAUUUCCCCGAGUUAAUCUCCCCAACACAAAUCUACCCCAUCAAUCCCAAAUGGUUCCAGUUGAGCAGCGCUGGUGAAGAAAAAUGACACCAACUUCCCAACAGAGGCACCGUGUUUCCGCCAAUAACAGAAAGAGAAAUGUUUAAAAAACAAACAAAUGCUUCAUUGAUUUCCGUCUGUGUACUGCUGACUUUAAAAACCCACAGAGCGAAGGGAAGGACAUCUGAACUGUAUCUGUCCCCAUCGGAUGGAGAAGAAAACACUCCGUCCUUCCUCACCGCUCUCUUGUCCCCCCCCCCCCCCAAAACUACUGGCACAAAACAACAAAAUCCCUGUAAAUCGUUUUGUUUUAGGUACGAGAGCUAAUAGACGCCUUUUCAAAACUGAGCUUUUCUAUUUUUUGUUGAAUGAUACUUUUUUUUUCUAUGUAUGUUCACAAAUGUGCUUAUGUAAAAAGGAUACGUGUGUCUGUGUGUGAGUGUGCUUUUUUGUGAGUUCUGUGUUCAUGUUUAUUGGACUGAAUGGGGGGGGAUUUGAAUGCAUGAAUAAGUGUAAGCGAGCUUGUGGAAGUCCCUGGGAAAAGAAAAAGCACUAAGGUUCUGAGUGUGUGCAUGCAUGUAAGAUUGUCUCGUGUCCUGUAACGUUCAGAAUGUGUACAUGAAUGAUGCUAAAGAGAAGUUUUCUGACAAAGCCUUGAUCUGAAGGUUGAUAAAGAAGAAAGUGGUGGAUAUGAAAAUGUUAUUUAUGGAAGCUUAAAAGCUGUUGUGACAGCAUUGAUUUCAUUUCCUCACCGAAAAGGAACAAAAGGAAACACUUGAGGUUUGUUUGAUUUGGAUCUUCCUGCACAAAGAAACUUAAAAGGCUCAAAAUCAUACAAACCUCAGAGAAAUCUCACACUGGUGCAGUGGAACUAACCAUACACACUGUUUAGAGGAUGUGCAUAGCCAGAAAGGAAAACACACACACAGACUACAGAUAGUUGUAAUUCCUGCAGCAUUUAAACACACCUCCAAAUCUCGUCUUGCUCUGCGACCACCAUGGUUGUGUUUAAUGCUUUGUUUGGCAGCAACAAACACUGAACCAGACUGUAGACACACAUCUAAUGAAAGUCACGGCACAUAACAAACAGUGACCCUAAACAUGCUGAAGGUGUCGGGAGGCUUUAGGGAGAUCGAACUUUACAGAGGCUAAAGCAGCUGAAGUCAUGAUUGCCAAACAGGAUAAAAGAAAAAAAAGUAAAACGUUGUUUUAGUUUUUAAUGCUGAUCCAUCACUAAACUGGAUGUCCCAUGAUUGGAAAAUUCCACCUGAUGCAACAACUGACUGCUCGUUUUACUAUAUCCUGAUGAUGUCAGAGGUGGAGGUGUGCGAAGCAUUUUUACCAUGGAAAUCAUUUAUGUUCAGAGCGUCCAGAAAGCAGCUGCCUGCCUCGGACUCGGAUCAUUGAGCAGGAAAAAAAACCUGUGGAGGAACCUGAGGACUUCACCAGAACAAUUCAAAAUCCCUCAAACAUUCCCAGUACCCUGACAAAUUCUCACCACCGAAAAAGGUUAAGCUGGAAAGGGUCCCGCACUAAGACACCUGUCGGCAUGACAGGAGGCGGAGGACGUCAGAGCGAAGGCAUCAGAGGCCAAAGUGCAGGUCAAGCGGCCACAUGCUCUAAAUCUUUCUAAAUGUAGAAAUCGCCUGUGUGUUUUCUUUCUUAGUGCAGAAAGAGGCUUGACAGAAAUCCAGUUUCUAGUCACGCUUUGCUGUUGAAGACUAAAAAAAAGCAACUUUUCUCUUUCCACCUUAGAAUAAACAGUUUGUGUAUAUUGCAUCUAAGCUCUGCGGUGGAGGUAAAAGGUGGAGUAUGAUUGGCUGGAAUCUGCUUGUGUUGUCAGAUAAAGGAGCAUCCCUCUAAAGGCACUGGGCUGUAAAUAACAAACAUUAAAACAAAAAAAAAAGAAUAUUGAAUUUUUGUUUAUGAUUUUUUUUACUCUGUAACUAUAACUAAUGUUGCCUACCUGUACCCACCCACCUGCUGCUGUGCUAAGGUUUAAUCCACAACAUUUUAUGUUUUUAAUGUUUUUGUUUUUGCUCCGAGCUUCUCAGUCGCACUGCUGUUUGGUUAAAUAAAUGCCAAAACAUAGCUUUAUCGUCCAUCAACAGAAACAUUAUCAAUGUGUGGAAAUUGUAAUAGAGUAGACUGCAUUGUGUAUACUUCAUGGAUUUCAAUAUAAAGAUAUCAACACA